GUCGUCAUCGUGUUUCUUUGCACAAACAAAACCUUUUCGAAGUUUCUAGUGUUGCUACUGCUGCUACUUGCGAGUCCAUGUCGACCACCGCAGAAGGCGAAGCACCGGCCGUCGAGCAGCCGCCGGCGGAGGCUCCGGCGCCGGCGACGGAGGACGAGAAGCCGAAGGAGGUGGAGCAGGAGGAGGAAGCGAAGAAGCCGGUGAAGGAGAAGAAGCCUCGGGCUCCGAGAGAGAAGAAGCCGAGGCCGCCGAAGACCGCCUCGCAUCCUCCCUACUUCCAGAUGAUCAAGGAGGCGAUCCUGGCGCUGGACGAGAAGAGCGGGUCGAGCCCGUACGCGAUCGCCAAGUACAUGGAGGACAAGCACAAGGCCGUGCUUCCCUCCAACUUCAGGAAGAUUCUAGCGCUCCAGCUGAAGAACUCUGCCUCCAAGGGGAAGCUGAUCAAGGUCAAGGCCUCGUACAAGCUCUCCGAGACGGGCAAGAAGGAGAGCGCCAAGCCCUCGUCGAAGCCUCCGAAGAAGACGGAGGCGGCCGCCAAGAAGCCGAAGGAGAUGGCUCCUGUUCCGAGGGCCAAGCGGACGAGGAAGUCGGAGGCGACCAAGCCAGUGAAGAAGGCUGCGAAGAAGCCGGUGAAGAAGGCCGCGGCAGCAAAGCCGAAGCAGCCCAAGUCCAUCAAGUCUCCUGCUGCGAAGAGGGCUAAGAAGGUAGCUGCUGCUUGAUGUAGGAGGGACGGGGCAAAAAAGGAGAAAGAAGUGUAAUGUAAUUUUGGGCUUUUUGAUCUUUUUUGGCGGGGGGGAGAUGUGAAUGUGAAUGUGAAUAUGGGAUGGAACGUCGCUGCUGCGUUUGGUUUAAGUUUCUUCUUCUGUCAAUAAAAACGGGGUUGAUGAAGAAGAUGGGCGGUGGUAAUUAGGGUUUAUAAAGAGUGUUUGAUGUUUACC